GGGACACACAACGAGGAGAGAAAGCGAGAGAGAGAGAGAAGCAAAGGCGACGGAUGAGGAGCGGCGGCCGCAUUUCCUCCUCCUCCUCCGUACCUUCCUGAAUUGCGUUAUUUAACCACCUCGCUGCGCCGCACUGAUCACCAUCACCAUUCCCCAGCUCAGCACCCUGUGUGGAAUCUAAUCCCCAGCGGGUGGUUCUCGAGACAAUCAGCUUGGUUGCGCGUGCUCCUCCUAGUAGACUUCUGUCGGAGGGCUCUGUGUGGGGUAUGGGACACGCUUGCUGCAUUUUGGAGGAGAGAGUUUUGGGGGAGGACUACUGUGGGUUUUGAAGACGUGGGACAAGAUUUUGGGUGGAAUGCUCGCUCUGCGUUGUGUUAAAGGGCGUGUCUAGCUACGGAAUUGAGCGCGCUGUGACUGGUUUGGGGCUGCUGAUACUGGCGGCUGGAGAAGACGCAGCGAGUGAGGGGGUGUUUUCUGUGUACUGCUGUUUCCUUGCACCGAGGCAUUCGAGUGUUAGUGCGAAGUGGUUGGGUGAAGAUGAAGUAUGUGAUUGUUACUGGAGGUGUGGUUAGUGGCCUCGGAAAGGGGGUCACGGCCAGCAGUAUCGGCGUGGUGCUUAAGGCCUGUGGUUUGCGGGUUACCUCGAUCAAAAUUGAUCCGUAUUUGAACACCGAUGCGGGGACUAUGUCACCAUUCGAACAUGGAGAAGUCUUUGUUUUAGACGAUGGCGGUGAGGUAGAUUUGGACCUUGGUAACUAUGAGCGAUUUUUGGACGUUACUUUGACUCGCGACAACAAUAUCACUACCGGAAAAAUUUACCAGGCAGUAAUAGAGAAGGAGAGGCGAGGUGACUUUCUGGGGAAAACUGUACAGGUUGUACCACACAUCACAGAUGCCAUCCAGGACUGGAUUGAACGAGUUGCCAAUGUACCAGUGGACGGACUCUCCGGGUGUGCGGAUGUUUGUGUCAUUGAGCUGGGAGGCACUGUUGGUGAUAUUGAGUCCAUGCCUUUUGUUGAAGCUCUUCGACAGUUUCAGUUCCGAGUUGGUAGGGAUAACUUCUGUUUAGUGCACGUGAGCUUGGUUCCCGUUCUCGGUGUGGUGGGCGAGCAGAAGACGAAACCAACUCAACACAGUGUUCGGGAACUUCGGGCACUUGGUCUAACUCCUCACUUGCUGGCUUGCCGAAGCGCUCAGCCCUUGGAGCAGGUCACUAAAGAAAAGCUCUCUCAGUUUUGUCACGUUCCAGCUGAGAAUAUAAUUAACAUAUACGACGUUUCCAACAUAUGGCACAUUCCUCUAUUGCUGCGAGAUCAGCAAGGGCACCUAGCAGUACUUAACAAACUGCAACUGAGUUCUGCACCACCUCCAGCGUUGGAUUCAUGGGCUGCGCGAGCUGAGCGAUGUGACAACCUUACUAUCCCAGUGAAAAUUGCUAUGGUCGGAAAGUACACGGGUCUUUCUGAUUCCUAUCUCUCAGUCCUCAAGGCAUUGCAACAUGCAUGCAUUGCAUGCUCAAGGAAGUUAGUGUUGGAGUGGGUUGCCGCCACCGAUCUAGAGGAUCGUGCUAAGGAGCAGACUCCAGAGGCAUAUGCUUCCGCGUGGAAUACCUUAAAAAAUACCCAUGGUGUGCUUGUGCCUGGUGGAUUUGGUGAUCGAGGAGUACAAGGAAAGAUCUUAGCUGCUACUUAUGCACGUGAAAACGGAGUACCGUACCUGGGGAUUUGUCUUGGAAUGCAGCUUGCUGUUGUGGAAUUUGCUAGAAAUGUCCUUGGGUUGAAAGACGCUAACAGCACUGAGUUUGACUCUGCCACACCGCAUCCUUGCGUUGUUUUCAUGCCAGAGGUCUCCAAAACACAAAUGGGUGGUACAAUGAGACUGGGAGCUCGCAAGACAUUGCUACAAACUGCUGAUUGCAUAUCCGCUAAAUUGUAUCAGAAGGAUACAUAUGUAGAUGAACGGCAUAGACAUCGUUAUGAGGUGAAUCCAGAGAUGGUUGAGAGUAUAGAAGCUGCAGGACUUCACUUCGUUGGGAAGGAUACGACGGGACGUAGGAUGGAGAUUUUGGAGCUGAAGGGGCAUCCAUAUUACGUAGGUGUUCAAUUUCAUCCAGAGUUCAAAUCGCGCCCCGGCAAACCUUCUGCGGUCUUUUUAGGUUUGAUUUUAGCUGCGUCAGGUCAGAUGGAUUCUUACAUCAACGGAGUGCAUCCAUCCACAAAACUAGCGAGAUCAACAUCUGAGACUAUUCAUCCCACUCCCGACUACAAGCAUGCUGAUUAAUCUGUAUGCAUUUCUUCAGACUGUGCAUAAAAUUUCGCCGCCUAGAGUAGAUUUUUCCCACUAUAUCUGUUUUAAUUGGUUCGGUUGCCAGAGUACCGUAAACCAUUUUUUUCACCAAGUGCGUAAAUUGUGAACCAAGUAUUUACCGUUUUGAGAGAAAUGAUUCUUCCCCAAGUUACUGGAU